AUGUGGCGGUUUCUGAGGGCUGCCGUGCCUGCUGCGCGCCAGAAAGCGCAGCUGGUCCAGGAACGAGCUGCGCAGACGAGCGCCAGCGGAGCCAGGGGAAGGAAGCCAUGGAAGGAGGGUCUCCGGCGGAAGAUGCUGGAGCCACGCAUUCCGCUUCGGCGAGUCGAGGAGCUGAUUGCCACAUUGCACCCAGAGCAACGGGCAGUGGUGGAUCUGGCCUUGGAUGGCCAGAACAUCUUUCUGACUGGCCUGCCUGGGAGUGGGAAGAGCUAUGUCUUGAAGCAGCUGGUGCAGCUUUUGCAGCAUCGGGAUGGUCUCCCCUCUGUGGGAGUCACUGCAUCCACGGGCGUGGCGGGAAUUCACGUGCAGGGGAGCACCAUCCACUCCUUCCUGGGCUGUGGGCGCGCAGAGAGCCAGAAGGACUGGGAGGAGGCAGCAGAGAACCCGAAAGUGCAUGAAAGACUUGGUGCUUUGAAGACCUUGGUGAUCGACGAGGUGAGCAUGCUUUCGGGAGAGUUCCUGGAUCGGGCCAACGAGCUGAUCUGCCGAGUGCGAGGUGGGAAGGUCUUCGGGGGUUUGCAGGUGAUCUUCUGCGGAGACUUCUUGCAGCUGCCCCCGAUGAAGCGUGAGGUCAUGGCCUUUGAGGCAAAUGCAUGGUCGGAGCUGCAGUUGAAGUGCAUCACUUUGCAGCAGAACUAUCGCCACUUUGAUGAUCGCUUGCGCACUCUCCUUUGUCAACUGCGCUCCGGCCCCUCCUCCGCGCCGUCGGCCGCGCUGCGGGCACUGAAGACACCGGAGGAGGAGGAAGCCAUGGCCUACCCGACGAUCGUGAGCACCAACAAAGAAGCUCAGGCCGAGAACCAACGACGCCUGGAGGCCUUGCCAGGUGACGAGCAUGCCUACGAGGCAACGGAUUCGUUCGAGCUGCCGGGGAGCACGGCACGGCAAGCACUGCAGCAUGGUCGCUUUGAGAAGCUCUUGAAGCUGAAAGUGGGCGCUGUGGUCAUGCUCUUGGUGAACAAGCGCUUGCCGCACCGGUGCCACCGUGGCGCCCCAAGGGCCUUCAGCAUGCCCAGCUUGACGAGUGGUGGAGCCUUAGCGGCCCUGGAAGCCUUGGCGAAGCCAAAUCAGAUGAUGGCACUUCCGGAGGAGUACCGCGAGACACCCCUCGUGAAUGGAAGUGUAGGCGUCGUGGUAGGCUUUGAGACCUCUCCGGAGCUUCCCGACGAUGCGACCGCCUACCCCGUGGUGGAGUUUGCCAAGGGCCUCCGUGUCACCGUCACACCGGUGACGGACAGUGGGGAGUUGGGCUUCUUGGGGCAGUACGAGCGGCGGCAACUGCCCUUGAAGCUGGCGUGGGCGUUGACGGUGCACAAGAUGCAGGGUUUGACCCUGCGGAGUGGGGAGCUCAAACUUGCCCGGGUCUUCGACACUGCUCAACUCUACGUGGCCUUGUCGCGCUUCCAAUCCCUGGACUCGGUCGCCAUCCGCUCCCUGCCCGUGCGCUGGCCGGUGCCCUGCGAGCGCGCCCAGCGGGCGCGCGCGUUCCAUGCGCAGCUGGAGAAGGACAUGGGCCUUGUGGAGACAAGCCCUGUGGUGGCCGAGGUGGGCGAUUGCAGCUGA